CGUAUCGUGGUAGAAGUCUGAGUCGAUCAUCUUACAAAAUCCGAGCUCGUGCAUCUUUACGUUGGUCGAAGUAUAAAGCGUUGUGGUGGUAGGAAUGGCAGUCAUUCGGACGCAAACAGAGCGUCAGUGAAGUGGUUAAGACAAUUUAAUAUCAUUUAUAAGUGAUAAAUAAGAAAGUGUUAUAAAAAAUCAUGCGCUGGUUGACACAUUUUGGUAUCCUGCUACUAACUAUAACUAGUAUAACUGCAGACUGGUCAUGGGGAGGAGAAAAUGCAGAUAAAAAUGUGGAAGAUAAUAAUGAUAAACCAACAGAAUUGUUACAAGGGGAAGAAACAGCCGAAGCACAAGAAAAGAAUUUUAACACCACUGGCUCUGUACUGGACGACAUCGUUGAUGAAUUAGUGAGCAGCAAACAAGGCAGAAGUCUGGGUGGCUUUGACGACGUGUAUAGCGAUCCAACAAUCAAAGAAGCUUUAGACUCGGGAGAUGAUUUAGAAGCUAGAAAUUUAAUCAAAGGUCGCCUGUGCACCUUAGGACUUAUUCAAUGUGAAGAUGAAGACACUCAAGAAAAAAGGUAUGUUUCACCAGAUGAACUGAUUUAUGCCCAACCGGUUGACAUCAAACCUUAUGGAAAACCCAUUGCCUCUAUCCCAGUGCGAGGCCCACCUAGAGCUUAUGGACCUCCUAAGCCAAUGCGCUAUCCUCCACGCCCGCAAAAGAUUCCUUCUAAGAGACCAGGAUAUGGUGGAAAUAUUCGACCAGGGUUUUCUGAGAAAUACGGUGUUGCUGGUAGCAACUUCCAAUUUUCUCAAAACAGUGGAGCUUAUAAUGGAUACGAUUCUAAUUAUGUAACAAAACCACCGACAUUUGCUAACAAUGAGCCAUAUAGUUUUGACAAUUCGAAACCUAUUUAUAACAAAGACCCAACAGCCGGCCACAGCAACAGCAAACCAGACACUAUAGUGCAGCAACAUGUUCACCACCACUAUGUGCAUGAAGAUGGUAACAAGGAACCUAAAGUUAUAAUAAAGCCCGUAGCUAUUCCAGUGGGAUCAGUAGGACAUCUAGCAUCGCAGUUACACAAUCAAGAAUCUUCUGACGUUAUAACGUCAUCGGGAGGUGACUUCAACGCUUUCUCUUCCGGUGGAUUUAAGCCCAUGACUGGAGGCUUCAUUCAAAGCAGUAAGCCAAUUUAUGAAUCAGAUACGAUUUAUGGAUCACAAUUUGGUCACGGGGGCUUUAACAAAGGGAGCUCUAACUUCCUCAGUCAAGGAUUACCAAACCAAUUUAACAAUAAUGCUUUUGAAGAUCAAAAAUUAGGAAAUUCUUUAGGUAACUACGCAUCCCAAAAUGGAGAGUUCUACAAAAAGGAACUUAAUGUAGGAUCUAGUAACAACUUGUUUAAUCAAGGACCAGCGACAUUCGGUCAAAAUAAUCUUUACCAACAAAAUUAUCACGAAGCUAAGGCACAAGGAUUUGAAUGUGCAUGUGUAAGCUACGAUCAGUGUCCUAGCCAAGAAAUUAUUGGACGCAGAGACGAUUUAUAUCUGCCAAUAGAUCCACGUAACAAGGGAAGCGAAAUUGUAGCGCUAACCGAAGAACAAUUGGAUACUUUAAACAAAACUUCCGCCGAUGCGCAGCAAAAUCAAAAUAGUACUGAAGUUAAAGAAAUUACUAAAAGAGACGUUAGUGAUGCCAAAGACAAGGAAGCGACCAAAGAAAUUGAACCCCGCCUCUUUGGCUUGGACGGUUUCGGCGAAAAUGGCGGUAAUAACAAGAAACAAGUGCAGCCCACGUUUGGUGUCUCUUUUGGGUUGCCCCAACCUUCCCACGGCUAUCCUAUUAAUCCUUUCAACUCAAAUCCUUUACACAAUCCCUACGGUCCUGCAUUAAACGGCGGAGGCCUUAAUCUAGGUUUAUUGUCCGUUAAUCCUUUAUUAGCUGUACAAAUUACCAAAAAUGAUUAUGGUGAAAAAAUAGUAAAACCUUUUGUCAAUUUACACGUAACCCCGAAUGAACAUGUAAUUAAUAAACUUGGCCACAUAUUCCACGAAAAGAAGGAAUAUCUUCUUAAUAAGCACGAACAUUUUCACCAUUACAAACCAUACUCUUAUGAUCAUCAUUUAUAUAAACCUAUCCAUCCGCCAUUUUCAUAUCCUGCACACCCGCCGCAUUAUAUUCACAAACCAAUUUAUUCACCCCACUUUUCGCAUUAUGAACAUGGUCACUAUCGAGAAAAUCCACAAAAUACUCUCGAAACACCAUUAAGUAAUGAUGAUUACUAUGACGAUGAUGAUAAUGAUAGUAAUAGUUACGACGGUUCUGUCGAUGACAAUCCCUAUUUGGGUGGUUAUGGCUUUGAAAGAUCCGCAAAUACCAGUGCUAACAAUAGAGACGUUAACUACGCUAACCGGUACGCAUAUUCACGUUCCCUCACCGUCCCUUCUAAUCCUGGGGCAAACCGGGGAGGCCAAGCUAUUCGAUUUCCUGAGAAAAGAAAGCGAAGACAAAUUUCACUCGAAGCCUCUGGGAUCGAACACAUUGAAGAGCGACAAGGAUACUUCGGCCGACCACAAAUUCCACAAUGUCAACAAAACCAAGUGUGCUGUCGUCGCCCACUUCGGCCACAAGCAUCCAGCCGUGGUCAGUGUGGACUAAGGAACUCGCAAGGCAUCAACGGAAGAAUAAAGACACCAUCCUACGUGGACGGUGACAGUGAAUUUGGAGAAUAUCCAUGGCAAGCCGCUAUAUUAAAGAAAGACCCUAAAGAAUCGGUGUAUGUCUGUGGAGGAACACUCAUUGAUGGACUUCAUAUUAUGACAGCAGCACAUUGUAUCAAAUCAUACAAAGGAUUCGAGCUAAGAGUGCGUUUAGGUGAAUGGGAUGUUAAUCACGACGUAGAGUUCUACCCAUACAUCGAAAGAGACGUCAUUUCAGUACAUGUGCAUCCUCUGUACUAUGCUGGAACUUUAGACAACGAUCUUGCUAUUCUAAAAUUGGAUCACCCAGUGGAAUGGCCCAAGUAUCCCCACAUCAGCCCCGCCUGCUUGCCCGAUAAAUACACCGAAUACGCUGGGCAAAGGUGUUGGACGACGGGCUGGGGAAAAGACGCGUUCGGCUCCAACGGGAAAUAUCAAAACAUCCUGAAAGAAGUCGAUGUUCCAGUACUGCCUCAUGGUCAAUGUCAACAACAGCUGCGACAGACGCGCCUCGGCUACAACUAUGAACUGAAUCCAGGGUUCAUUUGUGCCGGUGGUGAAGAUGGCAAAGAUGCUUGCAAAGGUGACGGUGGCGGUCCAUUGGUGUGCGAGCGCAGCGGCACUUGGCAAUUAGUUGGUGUAGUCUCAUGGGGCAUUGGAUGCGGCCAAGCUGGCGUCCCCGGCGUCUAUGUGAAAGUUGCUCACUAUCUAGACUGGAUCUCACAAAUUACUGGGAAACUCUCCCAUUAUUAAAUGGAAGAUUUUUCAUCGCUAUGCGAGUGUAUGAAGAUAUUCUUAGAAUAUUCCACUGAACUUUAGAAAGUAGACAUUAUUUAAAAUUUUAAUUUAUUAUUUGCCUUUGGACGGUAAUGUCCAGAGAUAUUAAGUAAAUGCUUGUGCAGUUAUUUUGUAAAAUAAAUAUUUAUAAAAAUUAA